CACGGAAUUUUCCAACAAGCGAUUAUCAUACAUUUGCAGUAUUUCAGCAGCGUUUUGGCACAAACUUUUGCAGUAACGUUCUUAUGUUCUAUUAUGGAUUAGUUUUUUGAUAAUUUAGGUGCGUAUUUUUUGCAAAUUUGCAUUCAAUUUGAAGUAAACAUUUGGCUACGUCUGGUUUGUUUACAUCUAUAAAUAGACAGACUCAGUCAAUGUAAACAUGGCUGCGGGACGGGUAAAAGUGGUGAUUCUGGGACACUCGUUUAUACGCCGUUUGCGAGAUUUUGUGUUUGCAACACCGGAUUUUUACAAUUUGCGGCUAUAUCCUUCACAUUUCUCUGUGGAAUUUCGAGCAAGAGGAGGUUUAACGAUCAGACAAUUAGCAAAUUGUUCCAGUUUGAUAAACUUUGUGGACCAAGAUGUGUGUUUUCUACAAAUCGGUAGCAAUGACUUAUGUGAUGCAUCAUUACCAGUUAAAGACAUUGCCAAUGCAAUAACAUCCUUUGCCUCAUUUCUGAUAAUUACAGGAAAAGUGAAAAUCGUGAUUAUUGGCCAGGUGCUUUUUAGGUCAUCACAAGUUACAGACCCUUGGUACAACGACAGAGUCACAGAGCUCAAUGUGUUGCUAGAAUCCCUGUGCAUAAAUUCAGACACAAAGUUAAAGUUUUGGCAUCACCAUGGUUUCUGGAGUGAUCCGAGUAUGUCUCACCUAUCACCCGAUGGUGUCCACCUACAGAAUCCCAGAGAAAAUGCCCGUCCCAUGCAGAAAUAUGCUCAAAGUAUCAAAAGUGCAAUACUGCAUUGUGCCCGCACCUUCAUGCUCAGAUAAGUAAUGUAAAAUUUAUCUAUAGCCAGUAUACAAUUUAUUCAACCUUAAAUUUUAUGGUGGUAUGUUUAUGGCACAAACUAAAAUCAUAAUAUUUUUACUUUGCCAUGAUUAUUCAAUGGCCUCAGUAUAAUUUAAUGCAGUGCAUGUAUAUCCUGUUUCUUCAAACUAUUAAAAAUGCUAUAUCAAUUCAGGUUAAUUUGCAUCCUGAAUUUUAUUCAUGUAAAUUCUUACUUUGACAAACAAUAACACCACCUAUCAUUUUUAACAAUUCUAUACCAUGUCAUUUAACUUGGAUUCAAUUUCUUUCAAGCAAUUAUACGCCAUGUCAAGUAUGGCAGACACAAAUUGUUACUAUGCAUUUUUACGCCAUGUCAAUUAUGGCGGAUGCAUUGUACUCGGCAUGUUUACACCAUGUCUAUUAUGGCAGAUGCAUAUUUUACAAUGAAAUUUUAUGCCUUUCAAUUAGGGCAUGUACAUUUUUACAAUGCAUUUUUACGUCAUAUCAAUUAUGGCGGAUGCAAUUCUGUUUACAAGCAUUUUUACGCUUUGUCAAUUAUGGCGGAUGCUUAAAUUGUAUGUGCUUCAAAUAUUACAAGCAUUUCAGGUCAUACUGUUUGUGACCAAAGCUUGUAAUUAAAUAAGCUCAAAUUUUGCAAUUAUAUGCCAUGUCAAUUAUUGCUAAUGCAAUUUUUACAAUGCAUUUUCACGCAUGUCAAUUAUGGCGGAUGCAUUUUUGUUUACAAGCAUUUUUACGCUUUGUCAAUUAUGGCGGAUGCUUGAAUUGUAUGUGCUUCAAAUAUUACAAGCAUUUCAGGUCAUACUGUUUGUGACCAAAGCUUGUAAUUCAAUAAGCUCAAAAUUUGAAUUUACAUGCCAUAUCAAUUAUAGCUAAUGCUAAUUUUACAAUGCAUUUUUACGUCAUGUCAAUAUGGCGGAUGCAUUUUUCAAGCAUUUUUACGCCAUGUCAGUUAUGGUGGAUGCUUGAAUUCAAUACGGUUCACAAUAUUAUAAGCAUUUAAGGUCAUAAUAUUUAUGACCAAUGCUUGUAAUUACAUAACCUCAAGAAUUUGCAUUUUACACCAUGUCAGUUAUGGUUGAUGCUUACAAUAUUAUGAACCUUUUGCCAUGUUAAUCAUGGUGGUUGCUUUUGAUUUUAAUCAUGUUAUGUCGUGUCAGUUAUGGCAAUUACUUUUUCACAUUUGAUUUGGCUUCUUGUCUUAUAAUUUCUAAGAUAAAUGCAUUGAAUAGGCUAGUGUCCUUUAUUCAAUUCAAUUUGCAAUCAUAUUAAAUUACAACAUUUCCUAAAUGUUGAGAGAUGAUAGUGAUCUAUACCCAAAGCUGUUAAAAUUAAUUGCUUCAAAAUUAUUACCUUAUUGGUGAAAUCAAAUCUUAACAACAUACUGUUUUAAUUUCAUUUAAAUGAUAUAUCAGCAUUGUUUCUAAUGGAUGCCAAUUAGUUAUUUAUCACUCAAUUUUUCAGUAUUUCACCAUGGGUCCAAAAAGAAAACAAAUCUCGUCUUCAACAACUUCUCAAAAUGAUGUGUCCAAGCAGGCCAAGCGUUCUUCAAAUAAGCGUCAAAAGCAGUCAUCUCUACCUGUGGACAAUCAACCUAAUAUUAAUUAUGAUUUAUUAGCUGAAGCCAUUUUGAAAAAACAGCAAGCUGUAAAUGUCAACCUACUCAGUGACUCACCCAUACAACAAACAGUAAAUCCUACUCAAGAUUCAUCAUCAAUUGAUGUUACUGAACCUGCUGUCUGCACCAUUUCCCAAACUUAUCUGCCAACCCAAACAGAAGCAGCAGGCCCUUCAACUACACAGACACCGACUACUACAGAACCUCCAUCUACAAGUGUCAACCACAUCAACCAUUUCUCAUCUUUUUUUGCAUGAACUAUUUGCAGGAGGCCAAAGCAAUAGCCCCAUGGUUAAAUCCUCAACCAACACUUCUCCCUUCACAAAUGGUGUUCAUUUAACCACAGAGAGCCUCCAGUUACUGGUAGCAGCCAUAGCACCAUCUACUCGAAGAGCUUACUUGCGGAGUUGGACCUUGCUUUUAGAUUAUUGCAGCAGAUCAGAUUCCCCAUUCACAUUUCCUUGCUCACCAAUUUUGAUUUCCAACUUUAUCAGCCAUUUACAUUUCCAAAAUCUUAGUGCUUCAACAAUUACAUCUCAUGUGUCGGCCAUAAGCUAUGUGCAUAAACUUUGUAACGUUAAUGACCCAACACAUCAUUUUGUGGUUCGCAAAAUCUUGAAAGGCUGUCAACAGUUAAAAACUUCUCCAGAUACUAGAAUGCCCAUUACUAAGCCCAUCCUGCUAAAACUUUUAUUGGCUUUACAAAACACUGUAUCUGAUAACAACAAUAUCAUUAUGCUUCGUGCUAUUUUCCUUUUGGCUUUUCAUGGAUUUUUUCGCCUAGGAGAAUUAGUUGUACAAGACAAAGAACACGUUACUAGAGUUCUUCAAAGGGCUGAUCUUAAUUUUGUCAAAGAUCAGGGUGUACAAAUCAGGCUCAGAUAUUUCAAGCACAUGAAAAACAACCAACCUGUAACCAUUUUGCUCUCCCCUAGUAAAGAUGUUCAAAUAUGUCCUGUACGUGCCCUGUAUUUGUACACUUGCAGUUUCAGCCACAAAUCUGGUCCAUUUUUCUCCUUUAAAUCUGGUGCACCAGUUUCCCGUUCAUUUGUAGUGUCAAACUUGAAAGCAGCUUUGACAUUUUGUAACUUAAAUCCAAACCUUUAUAAAGGACACAGUUUUAGGAUUGGUGCGGCAACAGAAGCCGCCCGCCUGGGUUUUUCUGAAAGUUAUAUUCAGCAGCUUGGUCGAUGGCAUUCAAAUGCCGUUCAACGGUACAUAAGGAUCAAUUCAUUUUCAUUAUAAACAUUGAAGCAAUCCGUUUAAUUUCCAUAUUACAUGUACAAUUACUCCCAUUUAAUUACACCCUUUUAUGAAUAAUGAUACAGGGGGAAACAGGCCAGUAUUUGACUGCUGUUUCCGGAAAUAGGCCAGUAUUUGACUGCUAUUUCCCAUAACAUACCUAUGUUAGCAGGAUAUUUUUGCUUGAUGAAUAGUUUUUAUGAUUGAUUUUUUCUUAGUUGAACAGGCCAGUAUUUGACUGCUGUUCUUAUGUGCCAUGAACAUUGUUGUAGGCCAGUAUUUGACUGCUACACAAUGUAUGCUUUACUGUAUAUAGACUAUACAUUUAGUUUUGCCCCCAACUCAUGACAUUCACUUUGUGACACUUUGUUUUAGAUAUUUUCAAUGUUCUUGAAUUUUGUUGUGUUUGUUAAAAUUUAAUUUGUAUCCAUUUUACACGGUAUUGCACAGGCCAGAAUCUGUCUGCUGUGCUUAUUCAGUCAUCAUUGAAAUUGCAGUUUUAAUUGUUUUACCUGGCUAUUCUUGGGUGGCGCAGAAAGUCACUUACUGAAGGCAGCAUGUUUCCUUUCUUUAUGGCUUUUUUGUGCACCACCUUUUUGCUUCUUAAGUGUUUUUUACCAGUUAUACUAUUGGCUGGGCUAAUUUUGUCAUGUGUUUAGCAAGAAUUAUGUCAUGUGACUAGUCAGCAUUUUUAACUAGUCAAUUUGUCAUGUGACUAGUCAGCAUGUUUAUCUAGUCAAUUUGUAUGUACUAUAUAUUUUGUUUUAAGCCCAGCCAAUUAAUUGUGAUAUAAGUUUAUGUAAUAGUUAAAUGUAGUUUUUAGUCAUUUGUUAGUUUCAAUAAAUGACAUUUUCACUCAA